CCCUGUCUAAAGGUAACAGGCCGGUGCACACCAUCCUCCUCAACCCUCACGUCCAUCUGAUAGCGGAGAACGCCUGCGUGCAUCGCCUACAUCCGCCUGAGCCAGUACAUGGACGCGGGGGGAUGCCUCGCACCAUGCAGUCUGAGGAACCCGCGUCUGGCAUCGCAGAGACGGAAAGUGGCAGAACAUUCACUUCCACCGCUCCGGCUCGCCCAGCGUACCAUCCCAUUAAUGGAAUAUCAAGCUUCAGUCUAAACUCCCAAGACAGGCAACAAUCAACUAGCCAACCCAUGGUCGCCAUUUAACCUCUAACCCCUGACCCCUCUGUAUGGCCAUGACAUCACACAGGAAAAGGAAAUCAACCCUAAAGGUCGUCAGUCAUCCUAACCACCUUCUGCGUCCCUAAUGGCACCCUAUUCCCUACAUAGGGCCCAUGGGACCUGGUCUAAAGUAGUGCACUAUAUAGGGAAUAGGGUUCCAUAGGGCUCUGGUCUAAAGUAGUGCACUACAUAGGGAAUAGGGUUCCGUUUGGGACUCAACCCCCUAGAGCGACCUGCAGCAGACCGUGGACGUUAUCCACCGGUUGCAUAUUACCUGACAUUUGGUUAUCUGGUUUUUAAACUGUUUUUUCGGUGCAUUUUAAAUGUAUAGAGAUGUUAAAAAAUCUACUGCUGUCAACUCCUCCCAUUUUAAACUUGUAUUUGUACGUGUGUUUUACGUGUUGCAAUACGAAAUAUUUAAAGAUCGGAAUGUUAAAAUCGAAGCUUGCUUUUUUCUGGUGAAAUGUAUAUAUAUAUUAAUA